UGCAGUUACUGUACAAUGGAAGUGAAAGAGGAGUUUGUGAAGUUUACAAAAGAAGAUAUCGGAUCAUAUUUAAAAAAUUAUCACGCAGCUGUCUCUGCCGCAGAAAAAUGGAAGAAUAAAAGAGUAUCUUUUGUCUCCCCAAAAUCAGAACGAAUCACAAAGAAGCACGCAAAAGAAGUUCAGCAAAAUCAAAGUCAAAAAGAAAACAUAUUAUCCAAUAUAUUGGAUUAUUUUAAAGAUGUCAAAGUUUCAGACUUUAAAUACGAAGAUAAUGAUAUAGGAAAACGAGAAAAACCUUGUCCUUACCAACCCUACUGGGCAACUAGAAUCAUACAUCACAAAGAUGAAGAUAAAGAAAUUGGAAGAACUAAUUCAUUGGAAAGAAAUAUUAUUUCAGAAACGCCCUUUAAGUGUCCUAACCUGACAUUAAACGCAAAUAAAAGAGACGAGAUUUUAUGCGACUAUCAUAGAGAGAAUCAGUUAAAGUUGCCUCCAAGUUACCAUGGAAGUAAAAUGCUUAUGCCGAAUGGUGAUCAGUUAUUCUGGCUCGGAGAAACCCGCACAACAUCUUACGGCCCAGCGACGUACCAAGAUUUCAAAGAGAUUCGCUCACGUUGUCUCGCAGACAGAACGCUCUUCGAAGACCCUGAGUUCCCGCCCGUUGAUAGAAGUUUAUACUACAAGGAGCGUCUUGACCGUCCCAUUACUUGGCUGCGGCCUCAUGAAAUAUGCGACGAGCCGCAGUUGUUCGUGGAGGGGUACAGCCGUUUCGACGUGCAACAGGGCGAGCUGGGAGACUGCUGGCUGCUUGCCGCUGUUGCCAACUUGACACUGUACAGGAAAUUGUUCUUCCAAGUGGUGCCGGAUGACCAGAGCUUCGAUGAAGACUACGCCGGUGUCUUCCAUUUCCGCUUCUGGCAGUACGGACGUUGGGUGGACGUAGUGAUCGAUGAUCGUCUCCCAACGUACCGUGGCAAGCUGGUCUUCCUCCACUCCUCGGAGAACAACGAGUUCUGGAGCGCGCUACUCGAGAAAGCUUAUGCCAAGCUCCACGGCUCUUAUGAAGCUCUCAAAGGUGGUUCAACUUGUGAAGCUAUGGAAGACUUUACUGGUGGCGUAACCGAGAUGUACGACAUCACUGAGCUGCCCCCAGACUUUUUCACUAUCCUGUUGAAGGCGUACGAACGAAAUUCUCUCAUGGGAUGCAGCAUUGAGCCCGACCCGCACAUCCUGGAGGCGGAGACGCCCGUGGGGCUGAUCCGCGGCCACGCGUACUCCAUCACGCGCGUCAAGUACGUGGACAUCGAGACGCCGGGGCGCAGCGGCAAGAUCCCGCUGCUGCGCAUGCGCAACCCCUGGGGCAACGAGGCCGAGUGGAACGGGCCCUGGAGCGACAAGUCCCCCGAGUGGCGAUUCAUCCCACAGUCUGAAAAGGAAGAGAUGGGCCUCACUUUUGAUGACGACGGCGAGUUUUGGAUGUCAUACAAAGAUUUCAUAACCCAUUUCUCGAGAGUGGAGAUCUGCAAUUUGAAUCCCGACACAUUGGACCCUUCGGAGUGUCCGGAAGGAUGCAACAAGAAGUGGGAGAUGUCCGUCUUUGAAGGCGAAUGGGUCAGAGGCGUGACAGCGGGCGGCUGCAGGAACUACCUGGAGUCAUUUUGGCGCAACCCACAAUACACUGUCACGUUACGAGACGUUGAUGAAGACGACGACGACAACAAGUGCACUAUCAUCGUAGCUCUCAUGCAAAAGAAUCGUCGUUCGCAACGUCACCAGGGCUUGGAGUGCCUCACGAUCGGCUUUGCUGUAUACCGCCUGCCCGACUACGGCCAUGUACCAAAACCGCUGGACGUCAACUUCUUCAAGUACAACGCGUCUGUUGGACGAUCUAACGCGUUUAUUAACUUGCGAGAAGUCAGCGCUAGAUUCAAGUUCGAUCGUGGCACAUACGUGAUCGUACCUUCAACAUUUGAGCCAGAUGAGGAAGGAGAAUUCUUACUCCGUGUCUUCUCAGAGAAAAGCAAUAACAUGGCUGAAAACGACGAAGACGUUGGUAUGGGCCAAGUAGACGAUAGGGUGAAAGAUAUAGCGCCCAAUCCGGAACCUGCCGACCCGGUUCGUGAAUUCUUCAACCGCCUCGCAGGCUCUGACGGAGAAGUUGACUGGCUGGAACUCAAGGAAAUCCUCGACUACGCCAUGAGAGAGGAAAUGGCAAUGCGACACGGCGGAGCGUAUGAUGGCGGAGGUGGGGGCGGGGGUCUACAGGGUGCCCCACAGGAGCAGAGCUGCCUCGAACAGCUGCUGUGCGCUUUGUGUGGACCAAUAUGCAAGGAAGUCGGCAUCGAUUUGCAACAAGUCACUCAACAACAGGACCAAGUACACUUGAACCAGCCACAACCACAAGAAUUAAAAGGGCAAGGAUUCUCCAAAGACGUAUGCCGAAGCAUGAUCGCCAUGUUGGAUAAGGAUAAUUCUGGUGGCCUUGGCUUCGAAGAAUUUAAGUCACUUUGGGUUGAUCUACGUAACUGGAGAGUCGUGUUCAGACUGUACGACACCGAAGGUCGUGGCGCAAUCCCAGCGCACAAUCUACGCGACGCGCUUCACUCUGCAGGGUACACUGUCAAUGCUCACACUCUUAACGUUUUGGCUCACAGAUACGGUUCCAGUGACGGUUACAUCGCUUUCGACGACUUCAUAAUGUGCGCAGUCCGACUCAAGUCUAUGAUUGAAACCUUCAAAGGGCGGUCUUCCGGAGGGGAUUACGCCACUUUCUCCCUUGACGAAUGGUUGAAUCGCACAGUCUACUCAUAGUGAUGUAAUUAUAAUCUUAAAAAGGUGGGACAAUCACACUGUUACACAGCAACAGUUGCUACAAGUAACAUUUAAAUUUGAAAUAUUCACGAUCACGUAUUAGGUUCCUGUGUUUGAACUGCAAUUAAAUAAGUAUAUCAACUCAUUGAAUACAAAAAUCUUAUUAUGUAUUUACUACAACCAUGCUAAAAUUGCUCGAUGUAUUCUAAAUCUUACUAAAAACAAUCGCCAUUUUUCAUUCAUACUGGUGUAAGGGAAAAUUAAUACCUCUCGACACCUAAUACUCAACACUCUGGUUGCUUAGUAAUGCAAUCUUCUUUCUAGUUCUGUUUUCUAGAUGAAAUAUUAUAUUGUCUUGAUGUCCCAUCUAAAGAGUAUCUACAAUAUGUAUCUUGCUUAAAAGAAACUAUUUACUCACUUUCAGGAACCUAGUACCAAAUAACUGUUACUGAAGCAACAUUAUCCUGCCUCUAUGAAAUGCCUUAUUAAUAUUUAUAAGGCCUAAUGCCAUAAUUUAAGGCCUAUGGUACACAUUUUUGUAACGCACAUUGUCGACUAGCCAAAAAUGUAUAAAUAAAAUUUAUGCUUUGUAUGGUCAUUAUGAUAAUAAAAUAUGUUAUUGGAAUAUUGUUUUGGUUGGGUGAAUUUUUUUGUUCUAAUUUGAAUUUCAUUUCACACUAUAUAACCUGAUAGUUGUACUAUUAGAAGUACAUAUACACACCAAUUAUGUUUUAUUCCUAAAUUUGAUUUACCCAGAAUCAAACCUGAGACCUCACUCACUAUUUAACUGAACCAUUGUGUGAACUUGUUAUUAAUAACACAUUUUAUUUGUUUUAUAUUGAUUUAUGUUGUUAAUGAAAUGAUUAAAAAAUUCACUCAAGUAUAAACAUGUAUUGUCUAAAACUUAAAUUAUAUGAGUCACAAAAAAAAAAUUGUAAUAAUAAUUACUUAUCUCAAAUUCAUUUAUCUGUGUUGUGACUUUAAUUAUUUUUCUAAUCAAUGAAUACGGGUAUAAUCAUUAUUUUCAUUAUUAUUAAUUGACUAACUCGUAUUUUAAAAUUUGAAUUUCUUGUUGUUGUGAUUUGUAUUAAAUCUAUGUACUGUCUACAUUUUUUGCUAUAAUUUUUACGACUAUUAUGCCUUAAAUCAACAAAGUACAAUAUGUAAUAGUAUAAAAGAGCAGUAUUUUUUAUUCCACCGAGUUUCCAUUCCAAACGUUAUAAUAAUGUGGACAUUAUUAAUAUCAGUCUUACUCAUAAUCCUAUAAUAUGUCAAUAGCCAUAAUUCUUAAUCUGCCAAUGGUUAGAAUCCGUUGACAUUUGUCCAAAUUUUAUGAACAGGUUUACAUAAUUUCAUUAUCUUACGAUUAUUUUCAUCGUCUAAUUGUUUAGUUCUGUGCGAUUUUUAACUCUAUUUCAAAGGCGCUUCGAUAUUUUUCUCAAUGUGUAUUUAUUUAAGGUUAAUAUCAUUCAAAAAUUCCAAUAUCUGUUGCAUUGAAAUGCAUUUUAUUGCAAUUAUUUAUUUUUGGUUUUUUUUAUAUCCC